UGAGCCUGUCCCGCAGACAGCAGCCUACAGUCUCUCUGGUACUCUUCUCAGUCAAGCUCACGGAAUAUUUCCCUCCUGUCUGGGUGUUCAAGGGAGCCGAAGCAGCCAAGCAGGAGUUUUCCCACAGCAGGAUCUGUGCUACAUAGUAGCUGAGGAAAUAUAUUCGGGUUUUUACGAGCAAAAAAAAAUCAAGAAAAUGACACAUUUUAAUAAGGGGCCAGCUUAUGGAUUAUCUGCUGAAGUGAGAAGCAAAAUUGCUCAGAAAUAUGACACACAAAAGGAGGAGGAGCUCCGUUUCUGGAUUGAGGAGGUGACAGGAAUGUCUAUCGGAGAGAACUUCCAGAAAGGCUUGAAGGAUGGAGUCAUCCUCUGCGAACUGAUCAAUAAGCUGCAACCUGGUUCGGUAAAGAAAAUCAACCUUUCCCAGCUCAACUGGCACAAGCUGGAAAACCUUGGGAAUUUCAUCAAAGCUAUCCUGGCCUUUGGCCUAAAGCCCAAUGACAUAUUUGAGGCCAAUGACCUGUUUGAAAAUGGGAACAUGACUCAAGUCCAGACUACACUGCUCGCACUGGCCAGCAUGGGAAAGACCAAAGGUAUGGACUCAAAGAUUGACAUCGGGGUGAAAUAUGCAGACAAACAGGCUCGACAUUUCGACGAUGAGAAGAUCAAGGCCGGUCAGUGUGUCAUUGGACUGCAGAUGGGGACAAACAAGUGUGCGAGUCAGGCUGGAAUGACUGCCUAUGGAACCAGAAGACAUCUGUAUGAUCCAAAGACUCAGUCUGACAAACCCUACGACCAGACCACCAUCAGCCUGCAGAUGGGAACCAACAAAGGAGCCAGCCAGGCGGGCAUGUCAGCCCCCGGUACCCGCAGAGACAUCUAUGACCAGAAGGUGGUGCAGCAGCCGCUGGACAACUCCACCAUCUCCCUCCAGAUGGGCACCAACAAGGUGGCGUCUCAGCGGGGCAUGAGUGUGUACGGCCUGGGGCGGCAGGUCUACGACCCCAAGUACUGCGCCCCGCCAACGGAGCCGGUCAUCCACGCCAACGGCAGCCAGGGCACCGGCACCAAUGGCUCAGAGAUCAGCGACAGUGACUAUCAGGCCGAGUUCCCGGAGGACGAGUACCACGGAGGCUACCAUGAUGACUACAGCGCCCAUUACAAUGAUCAGGGCAUUGACUAUUAGCGGAGACCUCCCCUCCCCUCCAGAUCAGUAUUACCUUAGUGUACUCUUAUCAACUACGCAACAGAGCAAGUCUUUUGCUAUCCUCACUAGUCUUUUUCUUCUCUCCAAGCAUACGAUGAAUUGUUGCUUUGAGUGCUUUUCCUUCUUCACCUAGACUCUUUAAUCUGAGCAGCAAAGGGUUGUGAGAAGCGGUAGUGGCAUAGAAUAAUGAGAUACAGUGCUGAUAAAUGUUUCACGGCAUUGUCUUUUAAUACCCCACUUUUUAAAUGUGUUUUCAUGAUGGAACACUUAAGUAGUGAUAAGUCUGUGGACCGAUGGCGUAGCAUCAGGUGAAGCUGCUGCAUUCCAGUGUUUGUAUUCCUUGACUGAAACUGGGCUGACGAUCCACGCAAAGAGAAUUCAUCAUUAGGCUGAUCUCGGACACACACAGUAUGCACAUACAGAGUCACCGAUUUUAUGGUUAGGUAAGAUCUGAACCAGCCGAGGGCAGUAUCCCUGACGCCACUUUUCAAGGCGAUCCAAUAGAGUAGAAUGAUCGACUGUGUCAAAAUGUUUAGCAUUAAUUAGGGCUGCCCCCUGUUAGUCGAUUAGUCGACUCAUCGUUCGUUUUGGCGUUAGUCGACUAAGAUUUCUUUAGUCUAUUUUUCAUGCUGAAUGACUUCUUUCCAAGAAACUUCCGAGCACGUCUCUGGUAAACACAAGAUUUAAAGCCAUGCUUUUGCAUGAUUCUUCCAUCAGUCAACAAAAUCACGAGUGUCAAGCCCAGUUCAGACCAGAGAUUUGCGACAAGACGAAACUGUUUUAGGACAUCGUAGACAAAAGCGGUCUGAACCGGCCCGUGUCAUCUCGACUCAAACCAGCUGAUGGUGUGGCUGCGACUCAGCUGGUGGAGUCUCCAGAGGCUGGUUUUACAAUGUAAGGGACGUCUCCUGUUUCAACAGCUAAUAGAGAAGUCAUCUUGUAAAGUCAGCUACAAUAAAAUGAUCUAUUAUCCAUGUUAUUUCUGUUACAAACUGUUAACGACUCAGCUCAACGACUGAGGGAAGAGAGGGAGCGCCUCGGACAAAGCCCUGAAUCAGAGAAACAAAACGUGUUUUCGCCGAUUCAUCACUAGAAAUGUAACUGCAGCUCACUAUCACUAACGUUAUCCACAUUCAUAUUUAGACGCAACAAAUGAAAUAUUCAGCUUUAAAAUGCCUGGAAGUCGGAUGGAAGUACAAAGAGCCGUUGCUAUGGAGAUGAUACCCCGUCCCGUCUCGUCUUGUCUCAUUGGUGUAAACUGGUAGCUUUCCGAACGCUGCAGACCGACUCGUUGAAAGAAGUUACAAGUUUACACUCGUCUCGUCGUGAAUCUUUGGUCUGAACUGGACUUUAGUUGACUAAGAAUUCCUUUAAUCGAGGACAGCCCUACUGAUCUCCCCUCUGUGUUCCGUCUGUAUUCAGCCACAGUUUUUGAUACUGGUAUUCCUUUUUUUUUUUUUAUCUACAUUUAAUCACUAGAUAGUGUUUUUAUUUUUUAAAUGAUGAGCAUGGUGGCUGUUCGGAUAGUGCAGAUGACCAAACCCAAGCUGACUCUAUUUUACAGACACACUUCCUUUGCUCUAUUACAUGACUAUAUUUUCAUAUUAUUCCCCCUUUGUAUUCCCAAACUGUAUUUAUUGCAAUGUCUCUCAUUGUAAAACAGUCCACUGUUAUAUGGGUCGUAAAGAAAUGGUAUGUUAUAAAUAAAGCCUUAAAUUCUUCAA